GUGUGUCUUUCUUUCCAUGCCCUUUAUAACGCUAUAGACCCGCCCACUCCACCGCUGACCAGCACAACCCACGCCCCCGACGCGAGCGGCUUAUUGUUCCCAUGACGACAGCAGUAAACCGUCUCUCUCCAUUGAGCUGCUUCGUGGAAAGGUUUGCAUCAGGAGCGGCUCUGCACUGACACAGGAAGUGAUGUCGGACCAGGAAGACGGAGAGGAGGGGCUGACAGAGGAACAGGAAGAGGAACAGGAAGAGGAAGUGCCAGCCCUCAGGGAUUCAGAGCAGGAGGGGGUGAAGAAGGAAGGGCAGGAGGGAGAGGAGGAGGAGGAGGAGGAGGUCAAGCCUGAAGAGGAAGAGGUUGUGGAGUGUCCUCUCUCAGUGGAGAUGGUGGCGGAGGGCCUGUCUCUGCUGUGCAAGGUCGGGAACGGGCUGGGGCACGCCUACACACGGCUGGACGUGAAGGAGAGGGGUGUGACAGAGCUGUCCGCGCUCGCGCCCUUCAUUCACGUCAGGUUCCUGGACGUGUCACAGAACCAGCUCCGCGACCUCUCACCCCUCACUUCCCUCACACACCUUCUCUGGAUCAAGGCCGACGGGAAUCAGCUCACCGGGUUCAAAGGUCAGCUGCUGGGGGAGCUGCCCUACCUGCAGUGGCUCAGCCUUGCAUCAAAUAAGAUCCGGGGGCUGGAGGGGCUAGGCGGAGCUGUGCUGGAGUACCUGAACCUGACCGGGAAUCUCAUCCAGCAAGUCUCUAGGCUGGAUUACGGCUGCCUCUCCAACCUGGUGUGUUUGGAGCUCCGAGGAAACCAGCUGGAAUCCACCGAGGGACUGCACCUGCCCAACCUGCGGUGCCUCUACUUGGCUCAGAACCUCAUUAAGCGGCUGGAGGGUUUGGCUCAUCUGGAGAAGCUGACCACGCUGCACCUGAGAGACAACCAGUUGGAGUCCCUGCAGGGGUUCAGUGCGGGAAUGAGAGCUCUGCAGUACCUCAACCUACGGGGUAACCUGGUCUUCUCCCUGGCUGAGGUCCGUGCUCUGGUUCCUCUCUUCGGGUCUCUCCGGGCCCUGGUUCUGUCUGAGAACCCGCUCUCUGAGUCUGAAGACUACCGGCUGUCAGUGCUGGGGAUCCUGCCACACCUAGAGAGGCUGGACAAGGAUCCUGUGAGCCGGGAGGAGAGGGAGGAGGCAGAGCAGAGAGAGAAGGAGAUCGUGGAGGCAGAGAAUACUGAACUGGAUACUGAAACCUAGCAGCCAGACAACCCAACACCCACAUCCUUCUCUUCCACACACACACACACACGCACAGACACAGACACAGACACACACACACACACACACACACACACACACACACACACACACACACACACACACACACACACACACACACACACACACACACACACACACACACACACACACACACACACACAGACACACA